UACGUAGCGAACACACUUUAACUUAAAUGUUAACUCAGCGUUGUAUUGUAAUUCUGCUUACCAAGUGAAUUGUUGCGAAAAUAAAAUUUAAUGAAGAGGACAGUUCUCUACACCCAGUCGGAAAGGUGAUGUCGAUUUAACGUUAAUUUGAUAUCUAAGAUAUUGAUAACCGGUGAAAUUGAAAUAAUCGACGUAUACGGAUUUGAAACGGAUAUAAAAGUUUCUUUACGUCAUCAUUCAAAACUUUCUGGUAAAUAAGUCAAGAACCAUUUCUUAUAAAACAUCAUCAACAUGGCUAGUCUCAUAACUCUCAUACAAAUGAUUAGCAACUAUAAUGAAGUCUUAAGAAAUGUUCGAGAUCCAGUGGUAGAUACUUGGUUUUUAAUGGAAUCUCCGGGUCCUAUGUUAUGUAUUGUCGGCGCAUAUUUAAUAUUUGUUUUAAAAGCUGGACCAAAAAUGAUGGAAAAACGGCCGGCCUUUCAGCUGAAUACCGUGAUGAUCUUAUAUAACGCUAUCCAAGUACUCUUCAGUACUAUUUGGUUGACAGGUUUUAUAUUGAACAUCGGUAUUAAAUAUUUGUUUCCCGCUUAUGGAUAUGAUACUCAAGAUUAUAUAUUACCUCCAAAAAACGUACGAAUAGCGAUGUUACAAUUUGCUUGGUGGUAUUUUUUCGCAAAAAUUACCGAACUUCUGGACACGGUAUUCUUUGUUUUGAGAAAGAAGCAAAGUCAGAUUACUUUUCUUCAUGUGUACCAUCAUACUUUAAAGGUCAUCUCUUCGUGGUGUUACUUGAAGUUCUUGCCCGGUAAACAAGGCGUCAUCAUAA